GCCCAGGCCCUGGGCCACUGCAGAUCGCUCGGGAGGGCUGGCUGUGCGGAGGUGGUGAGCUCGAGCUCCUGCGGGCGGAACGCGGCCCGGGCCGGCGGCGGGGCUCCGGACUCUUGAGGCGCCAUUGCUUUGGUGGGGAGCGCUGGCCCUGUCCCCGGCAGGAGCCCUCACUCGGGGGACGCCUUCAGUGCCCGGCCCCGAGCCGCGAAGGCUGCUGAUUGUCCGGCGCCGCUGACCGCGCCGCUUCCCGUCCCUCCUGGCCGCCCCUCCGUGCGGCCGCCCCGGGGCCGAGACCAUGUUCGACAAGACCCGCUUGCCGUUCGUGGCCCUGGACGUGGUCUGCUUGUUUCUGGCUGCCUUGCCCUUGAUUGUUCUAAACUUGGCCAAAAUAAAGCCAUAUCAGAGAGGCUUUUUCUGUAGUGACAACAGCAUCAAGUAUCCGUACCAUGACAGUACCGUCCCAUCCCCUCUCCUCUACGCAGUGGGGUUCACUCUGCCUAUUUCUUCUAUGAUUCUUGGAGAAGCCCUGUCCGUUUACUGUAAUCUCUUGCAUUCAAAUUCCUUUGUCAGGAACAACUACAUAGCCACUAUUUACAAAGCCGUUGGGACAUUUCUGUUUGGGGCAGCUGCUAGCCAGUCCCUGACAGACAUUGCCAAGUACUCCAUAGGUAGACUUCGGCCCCACUUUUUAGCUGUCUGUGACCCUGAUUGGACAAAAUUCAACUGUAGUGAUGGCUACAUUGAAAACUUCCCAUGUCGGGGAAAUUCAGUAAUAGUUAAUCAGGGAAGAUUAUCAUUUUAUUCUGGGCAUUCUUCAUUUUCCAUGUACUGCAUGUUGUUCCUCGCACUUUAUCUCCAAGCCAGAAUGAAGGCAGAUUGGGCACGACUUCUGCGCCCCACACUCCAGUUUGCUUUCAUCGCUUUAUCUAUCUACGUGGGGCUUUCUCGUGUUUCUGAUUACAAACAUCACUGGAGUGAUGUGCUGACUGGACUCAUCCAGGGAGCUGUGGUUGCAAUACUUGUUGUUGUAUUUGUAUCAGAUUUCUUUGAGGAAAGAAACUGUCCAUUUAAGCAAAGAAAAGAAGAGGACUCACACACAACUUUGCAUGAGACGUCAACAAAUGGAAAUCAUUACGGAAGCAAUCACCAAGCAUAAAGAGCUAAA